AUGUCGUUUGCGGUGCCUGUGCCUUCAGCUGGACCAAGCGCUCCGCCUCUGUCGAACCCCGUGGUCGUGGUCAACUCACAGUUCCUAUCAUCCUACCCUGUGGAUCUAGUCAUUAGCGAGAAGCUCAUGACCAUUAAGGAGGGCUCAUUCGCUAUCUCCGAUGUUAACGGCAACGUCAUGUUCAACGUUAAAGGUUCUGUUCUCAGCCUUCAUGAUCAUCGUGUGUUGGUUGACAGCGCCGGUGCUCCUAUCCUCACAUUUCGACAAAAGAUAUUGACAGCACAUAGGAGAUGGCAAGUAUACAAAGGAGAUAGCUCAGACAGCAAAGAGCUACUUUUUAGUGCCAAGAAGUCGGGGAUUAUUCAACUAAAGACUGAAUUGGAUGUGUUCUUGGCUUCUAACACAAAAGAAGACACCCAUGAUUUCAAGGUCAAAGGCAGUUUUAAGGAAAGAUCAUGCACCAUAUAUACUAAAGAGAACACCAUCAUUGCACAAAUGCAUAAGCAAGUCGGUGUUAAAAAUCGUGUGUUAGGAAAAGAUGCGUUUUCAGUGACAGUGUACCCUCAGGUUGAUUUCGGAUUUAUAGUUGCUGUUGUGGUGAUUCUUCAUGAGAUUAAUCAGGAUCGAAAGGGGGAAGAUUAG